AUGAGGUUCCUCCUAGUAGCCGUGGGAUUGGCUUCCCUAGCUCGCUCGCAACUUCUUGGAAUACCGACUGUGCCAUUCACCAUCACCUCUGACAAGACAUAUGAUUUGAGGAAUCUGCAUACCAUCAUUGUUGACCUCUCGCAUUCUUCUACACGUGACCAAGAUGGCCUCACCUUGAUUCCCCCUUCUCUGUGGGAGUUUGCAGAGACUUUUCAGGGUGAUCUUGCCGGCAUUGGAGUCAACGCAGUGGUGCUUCCAGGCAUCAAGGCCGUUUCAAAUGCAAUUUACCUUACACUCGAUAAUGACAAAUCGCAAUUCGUCAAUGCCGCGGGAAACAAGACUUCAGAAGGCUACCGUCUCUCCGUCACUUCUUCGGGAAUCACCAUUAGCGGCGCAAGUCCUCUUGGAGCAUGGUGGGGAACGCGAACAGUCCUGCAGCAAGCGUUGAUCAAUGAUAAGAAGCUGAAGAUUGGGACGGGCAUUGAUUCUCCAGGAUGGUCCGAGAGAGGCAUGAUGCAAAACGUCCUUCAUCUCCAUCUCAGUGACCAUGUCUGGGAUCCCGCCAAGCUCGGUAGCCAUCAACUUGCUCUCGAGCUCUACGCAGGUUUCCGCAUCGCCUCCACAGACCCAGCAGUUGCUGGUCUCGCACGCCCAACAAACGAAACAUACAGCCCUUCUGUAUUCGACAACUUGCAGCAGAAAUGUGCAAGCCGCGGCGUAACCAUCUUGCCAGAGUUUGAAUCGCCAGGCCACUCGAUGGCAACCACAGACUGGAGGCCCGAGAUUGCUCUCUCCGACUUUAGUAUGCUGAACUUGAGCCAUCCGGAGACGCUUCCCACGGUCAAGUCUUACUGGAAGGCUGCUAUUAACAACUUCCACUCCAAGAUUGUGCACAUCGGAGCGGACGAAUACGACAGCAACUUUAUCAACGAGUACAGCACUUUUGUCAAUGAUAUGAGCGAGUACAUCCAAUCCAUCUCGGGCAAAAGCACUCGUAUCUGGGGCACUUUUCCUCCUUCGCAUGCACCAGGCUCCAUCAAUGUCAACAAGGACGUGACGGUUCAGCACUGGCAGAUUGGCCAGGAUAACGGACUGUUCGACUUUAUCGACAACGGCUACACCAUUGUCAACAGCGAUGAUUACUUUUACUUGGAUCUCAAAUACUCAGACGGCAACCAAUAUCCUAAAGAGCUCGACAUCCAGCGCGUCUUCCACGGAUCUCCCGACGGCAGUGCGUUCGCUCCCAACAUUCUCGACGCCGCCAACGCAACCAACAACCCUCCUCGAGACAGCCCCAACGUACUAGGGCACUUGGCUGUUGUGUGGAAUGACUGGGGCCCAAAUGCCAGCACUUACCACGAGGCCUACUACAUGGUUCGCAAUGGUUUGCCAGCUCUGGCUGACAAGCAAUGGGGCGGCUCGCUGCAAGAACAGGACUAUGCUGGUCUAUUUGCCACUCUCCAGCCUGCAGUGCCGGAUCAAAAUCUCGAUCAGCGGAUUCCCUCCAAGGGUCCAACAAUCCUGUCUUACGCCUUUGGCAGCAACAUUGUAUCGUCUUUAACAGCCACUGUCCGAGAUGGCUCCGGGAAUGGCUACCACGGCAGCCUCGAAAACGGCGCCUAUGUGAGCGGCGGCGCUCUCCAGCUCAACGGACGCAGCGCCCAUCUCAAGACGCCUCUAACAAGCAAGGGACGAAACUACACGCUUUCUUUUUCGGUGCUUCCAAAAUCCCACGGCGGAGCGCUCUUCUCAGGCCCCGACAGCAGCUUCCUCAACGGCAACGGCACGUCAACCAACCUCAUGCUCGUCGCUGACAAUAUUGCGUACCCAGUCAAUCUGACGCUGGCGCUGAACAAAUGGAGCGACGUCAAAGUCGAGGCAAUCGGGCCUCAAACGUUUAUCUCGGUCGGCACUCAACGCCAAGAAGUGACCAUCUUGAUGGGCAUCUGGGGAGGAUACAUGGAGGAGGGGCCGAUGGCAAUUGAGGCGCCACUUGCGGCGAUUGGGCAGGGGAUCAACGGGCAGAUGAAGAAUAUCAAGCUGUCUAGUGACGUAUUAUAA